AUGCGGAGAAUCAAACUACAGUCGAUUGGAGGUGACUUCCUCACGGAUCAUUCACCAUACCCCACUAUAGAACCGAAUCAUGAUCUACCCUACACUUUGAUGAUGGAUUCUGGCAAAGGCUGCCGGCCAAGAGGGUUGUUCGUUUCAAACAAGCGCCGAACCUCGAUGGAUCUCCAGGGCACGGUCAAACUUGCUACGACUUGGAACAGGGACAGGUGA